AACAUCGACCACAACGAGGACGAACACGAGAACAAAGAACAAACGACCAUACAGCUAGAGAAAUAGCAACAGUAACAGCAACAGAAGAGCAACAUCCUGGUGGGAUCUCUUCCCAACCAGCCGCAACGAUGUUAAUUACAACACUGCUGUUCAGCGCCCUAUGGCGCUUGGCUCGAGCCGCUCAGCCUGGUGCUGCACAGCCGGUUGCCGCCCCGAUGCGCGAGCUUUCCUGGGGCCAGCUCAACUUCCUCCACACCACCGACUCGCACGGCUGGCUCGGAGGCCAUCUACAAGAGCCGCAGUAUUCGGCGGACUGGGGCGAUUACGUAUCAUUCGCCGAGCACAUGCGCAGGAAGGCUGACGAGAAAGGCGUGGACCUGAUCGUGAUCGACACGGGUGACCGCGUCGAGGGAAACGGUCUCUACGAUGCUUCGAGCCCUAAGGGCCUGUUCACCUAUGACAUCUUCCGCGAGCAGACCAUCGACGUCCUCUGCUCGGGCAACCACGAGCUGUACAAGGCCGACGCCGCCGACCGCGAGCACAACACCACGGUUCCGAACUUCAAGGAGAACUACAUCGCGUCGAACCUCGAUUACCUGGACGACAACACGGGCGUCUUGGUGCCGAUGGCGCAGCGAUAUCGCAAGUUCAGGACGAAGAAUCUAGGGUUGGAGAUCGUGACGUUCGGCUUCCUUUUCAACUUUGACAAGAACGCCAACAACACGGUCGUCCAGCGGGUGGAGGAUACGAUCCGAGAGGAGUGGUUCCAGAAGGUGCUCCGCGAGGAGAAGCCGGACGUGUUCGUCGUGACGGGUCAUGUGGGCCUGCGCAUGCCGGAAUCCAGGGCCAUCUUCGAAGCCAUCCGCAAGCAGCACUGGUUCGCGCCGAUUCUCUUCUUCGGCGGACACGUCCACGUGCGGGACGCGCGGCGCUUCGACGACAAGUCGUACGGGAUCGCGAGCGGCCGUUACAUGGAGACGAUCGGGUGGGCGUCUGUCGACGGGAUCGGAAAGAGGACGGAGGAUGACGAGGUCGCUGGGGUGAGGGGGUCCGUUUCCUUCUCGCGCAGGUACAUCGACAACAACUUGUACGGCCUCUACCACCACACCGGGUUGAACGAAUCGACUUUCCCCACGCCGCGGGGUCAGGGGGUGAGCGAGAUGAUUGAUCGGGCCAGGGUGAGCCUCGGCCUCGACUACAAGCUGGGGUGUGCGCCGCGGGAUCUCUGGGUGAGCCGAGCCAAGUACCCCGGCGAGGGGAGCAUGUAUACCUGGAUCGAGAACGAGGUUCUACCCGACGUGGUGGUGAGGCAAGACAGGAAAGACAAGCCGCGCCUCAUCAUCACCAACACCGGGGCUCUGCGGUUUGAUAUCUUCAAGGGCCCGUUCACCAAGGACAACACGUACCUCGUGUUUCCUUUCACGAGCAAGUUCCGCUACAUCCCGGACGUCCCUUACCAAGUGGCCAAGAAGGUUCUCCCUCUGAUCAACCGGGCCGGCCCCGUGUUCCAGGCCUCUCUGGACACACAGUUCCUGAACGUGCCGGAAGCCAUGGCGUCCAAGAAGUACUUUGUGGCCACUGACGACGAGGAUGGCAGCGACGAGGGCAGCUUUUUCGAGCUCAAAGGGCCCGAAUCCGCCCAGCGGCCUCUAGGAGGAGUCGAAGCAGAGACAGCGAUGUCAGUACCGACGCCGCAGUUGUUGGCGGGCUACACAACCGAGGACGACAUGGGUACCGAUGGCGAUGACACGGAGCGCUCGCCGAUCAAGAUGUAUGCGGUCCCGAACUGCGUGCAGGCCGAGGUGGGGUUCCCGGAAGAGGACGGCCGCCCCGAUAAGGUCGACCUUGUGUUCAUCGACUUUACCCAGCCGUGGAUCAUCCCGGCGCUCAAGUUUAGCGGCGGCGAUUACAGCGACGCGGAUGUAGAGCAGUGGGACCACGAGACGUUGACGUACAAGGUCGGAGAAUGGAUCAGGAAGAACUGGGAUGGUGAUUGUUGAGGGGGGAAAGGGCCGCGAUGUAAGGUAGUAAUCUGGGAAGGUUUGGGAUAAUAUUGUUGGACUUGCAACUGGCAUGGUUUACUUGGAACCUCGUAGGCGCAUCAUGGUUUGCUUUUACAGGCAUGGACUCGAAUCAUAAGGUAUACUGUCAACUACGUUGUACUCCACGUCUUUCACUUUUUGUUUAUCAUUUUCUUUACGAUACCAGUCUCUCAGAGAUUUGUGGGACGAACGGAUAUGGUAGGGGGAUUUUCGUCUUUUCUUUUCGUUCAGGUUUUUUUUUCUUUUUCUUUAAUAUCCUUAACUCGUAACCAUCCAG